AUGUCGGCCGGAAGUGGUCACCAUAGUCUUAUGGGAGGUACGCCUCACCAGGUCCCCGGACCAAGAACACAGGGAGCUGCAACUGGUGGUCAACCGCUUUCGGCGACUGCUAACCAAUUUGUGGAUAAAAUUGAUCCAUUCAGCAAACGUGGGACUAGCAGAAGAAGGAGGAUUGUUAAUAGCAGUCGGUAUCACGCCGAAAAUGAGCCUGAAUUGGUUCAACUCCCACUAAUCAAA